AUGGCCUCCCCCUCUUCCCCCACCGACUCCAAUCCUCCCUCCGCCGUUCCUCUCCCCCUUCCCGCCCCACCCUCCACCUCAUCCCGCCGUCUCCCCCCGCCCUGCUGGACCCCGGAGGAAACCGCUGCCCUCAUCGACGCAUACCGUGACAAGUGGUACUCCCUCGGCCGCACCAAUCUCAAAGCCACCCACUGGCAAGAGGUCGCCGAUGCCGUCACCGCCCAAUGCCCCAACGCCGCCCCCACCGCCAAAACCGCGGUCCAGUGCCGCCACAAAAUGGAAAAACUCCGCAAACGCUACCGCACCGAAAUCCAACGCCUCCGCUCCCUCCCCCUCCCUCGCCUCAUUAACACCACCACCGCUUCACCUUCUUCCUGGGUCCACUUCAAAUCCAUGGACUCCAUGGAAAAAGGCCCCAACAAACCCCACAUCGAUACAACCACCGCCACCGCCACCAACCCCAACACCCCCACCAACAAUCUCAAUUUCCCCGACGACGAAAACGACGACGACGAUCUGUACGAGGAAUUCAAGAACGCCCCCGGAUCCAACACGCGCAGCCUCAACAAACUCUACAAGAACGGCUUCGGACCCGGCUCGGCGUCCGGGUUCAGGAUCCGGAUCCCGGCGGGGGUGCCAAACCACGCGCCGUCCAAGUUCUUCAACGCGCCUCCCCCCGGGAUGGGGCCACGCAACGGCGCCAAGAGGGAGCGUGAGAGCGACGCGGUGGCGGAGAUGGUGAGCGCGAUAAAGGUGUUGCGCGACGGAUUCGUGAGGAUGGAGCAGAUGAAGAUGGAGAUGGCGAGGGAGAUCGAGAGCAUGCGGAUGGAGAUGGAGAUGAAGCGCACGGAGAUGAUCCUGGACUCGCAGCAGAGGAUCGUGGAGGCUUUCGCUAGGGCCGUUUCGCAAAAGAGGAGCAAGGGCAAGUCCACGCCUUCUCCCUCGUCGCAACCGUGA